GCCGCUAGCCAGGCCCCAGAAUGCACUGCUGACACGUGCGCGUGCGCGCGCGCACGCGGCUCCACUGCCGAGCGACCGCGGGAAAAUUCCAAAAAAACUCAAAACAAAAAGCCAAUACGAGGCAAAGCCAAAUUUUCAAGCCACAGAUCCCGGGCGGUGGCUUCCUUUCCGCCACUGCCCAAACUGCUGAAGCAGCUCCCGCGAGGACCACCCGAGAUGCCCUGCCCAGAGAGGAGGAAUCUAGAGAGGCAGUCUAGCUACAGCGGCUUUGCCGAGCGAACAUCCCUGCGGCUUUGUUUACACUGUGAGGGGAGAACCGCCUACUCAAGCCUCAGUAAUGGGGGACACCCCUCCCCCCACCAAGCUCAAGCAUCCCAGGUUGACUUCAGACUGCUGUGCCGGCAGCCAUAAUUUCAAGCCAAUGGAUCUUAGCUUGCUGGGCUCCUUGGGGGUGAGAUCCACUGAGCUAGACCACUUGGCUCCCUGGCUUCAGCCCCCUUUUGAGGGGAGUGAACGGUUCUGUCUCGCUGGCGUUCCAAGCGCCACUGGUGUAUGAAAAAACUCCUGCAGCUAGCUCGGUGUCUGCCCAAAUGGCCGCUCAGUUUUGUGCUUAAAACCCAGGGCCCUGGUGGUGUAGGCACCCAAGGGAAUCUUCUGGUCUGCAAGUUGCGAAGACCAUGGGAAAAGCGUAGUGUCUGCUGGAACGCACCAUUCCUCACCUCACAGUCCCUCACGGCUUCCCUUGGUUAGGGGAGGGAGUUCCCCAACCCCCUAUGCUUCUUGGAUGAGGCGACACCCCACCUGGCUUCUGCUUGCCCUCCGUGGGCUGCACCCACUGUCUAACCAGUCCCAGUGAGGUGAGCCAGGUACCUCAGUUGGAAAUGCAGAAAUCACCUGCCUUCUACAUUGAUCCUGUUGGGAGCUGCAGACUGGAGCUGUUCCUAUUCGGCCAUCUUGCCAGCCUGUGGAGGUUUUAAAAACUAUUUUUUAAUUGUGGAAAGUAACAUAUUGAAAAACAUAAACACGAUUUAUACUUUGGCAUAUGCUGCAUUCUAGGAAGACAGAGAAUUUACACACCAGUAGAGGAAGCGGUAACUAAGUGAACGAAUAAAGCCCAGGAUAAUUAUCCAGAAUCAGCAGAAAGGCCUGGGAGGAUUUGUUGUGUGCAUGAAGCAGAUGAGAGGCCUGGGCUGGACCGUGACAUGAUCCUUCUCAAAACUGUAAAUGUUCUAGUGUGUGUGCUGCCCAAGUGAACAUGAAGACUGCACAUUUUUUAGAUUUAAUGUGUGCCUACCAUUUCCUUCAGUGCUGGACAGGCUGCUGUGAAGGGACAUCACCUUUUCGCUUUUUCCAAGAUGGCUCAAGAUUCAGUAGAUCUUUCUUGUGAUUAUCAGUUUUGGAUGCAGAAGCUUUCUGUAUGGGAUCAGGCUUCCACUUUGGAAACCCAGCAAGACACCUGUCUUCACCUGGCUCAGUUCCAGGAGUUCCUGAGGAAGAUGUAUGAAGCCUUGAAAGAGAUGGAUUCUAAUACAAUCAUUGAAAGAUUCCCCACAAUUGGUCAACUGUUGGCAAAAGCUUGUUGGAAUCCUUUUAUUUUAGCAUAUGAUGAAAGCCAAAAAAUUCUAAUAUGGUGCUUAUGUUGUCUAAUUAACAAAGAACCACAGAAUUCUGGACAAUCAAAACUUAACUCCUGGAUACAGGGUGUAUUAUCUCAUAUACUUUCAGCACUCAGAUUUGAUAAAGAAGUUGCUCUUUUCACUCAAGGUCUUGGGUAUGCACCUAUAGAUUACUAUCCUGGUUUGCUUAAAAAUAUGAUUUUAUCAUUAGCGUCUGAACUCAGAGAGAAUCAUCUUAAUGGAUUUAACACUCAAAGGCGAAUGGCUCCUGAGCGAGUGGCGUCCCUGUCACGAGUUUGUGUCCCACUUAUUACCCUGCCAGAUGUUGACCCCCUAGUGGAGGCUCUGCUCAUCUGUCACGGACGUGAACCUCAGGAAAUCCUCCAGCCAGAGUUCUUUGAGGCUGUAAAUGAGGCCAUUUUGCUGAAGAAGAUUUCUCUCCCCAUGUCGGCUGUAGUCUGCCUCUGGCUUCGGCACCUUCCCAGCCUUGAAAAAGCAAUGCUGCAUCUUUUUGAAAAGCUAAUCUCCAGUGAGAGAAAUUGUCUGAGAAGGAUCGAAUGCUUUAUAAAAGAUUCAUCGCUGCCUCAAGCAGCCUGCCACCCUGCCAUAUUCCGGGUUGUUGAUGAGAUGUUCAGGUGUGCUCUCCUGGAAACCGAUGGGGCCCCGGAAAUCAUAGCCACUAUUCAGGUGUUUACCCAGUGCUUUGUAGAAGCUCUGGAGAAAGAAAGCAAGCAGCUGCGGUUUGCACUCAAGACCUACUUUCCUUACACUUCUCCAUCUCUUGCCAUGGUGCUGUUGCAAGACCCUCAAGAUAUCCCUCGGGGACACUGGCUCCAGACACUGAAGCAUAUUUCUGAACUGCUCAGAGAAGCAGUUGAAGACCAGACUCAUGGGUCCCGCGGAGGUGCCUUUGAGAGCUGGUUCCUGUUCAUUCACUUCGGAAGAUGGGCUGAGAUGGUGGCAGAACAGUUACUGAUGUCGGCAGCCGAACCCCCCGCGGCCCUGCUGUGGCUCUUGGCCUUCUACUACGGCCCCCGUGAUGGAAGGCAGCAGAGAGCACAGACUAUGGUCCAAGUGAAGGCCGUGCUGGGCCACCUCCUGGUGAUGUCCAGAAGCAGCAGCCUCUCAGCCCAGGAUCUGCAGACAGUAGCAGGACAGGACACAGACACAGACCCCAGAGCUCCUGCACAACAGCUGAUCAGGCACCUUCUCCUCCACUUCCUGCUCUGGGCUCCUGGAGGCCACACGAUCGCCUGGGAUGUCAUCACCCUGAUGGCUCACACUGCUGAGAUAACUCACGAGAUCAUUGGCUUUCUUGACCAGACCUUGUACAGAUGGAAUCGUCUUGGCAUUGAAAGCCCUAGAUCAGAAAAACUGGCCCGAGAGCUCCUUAAAGAGCUGCGAACUCAAGUCUAGAAGGCACGCAGGCCGUGUGGGUGCCCAGCGAGAGGGAUCAGGCUCACCAGGGCCACAGGACAGGUGAUGACCUGUGGCCACGCAUUUGUGGAGUAAGUGCCUUCUUUGGGCUGUGAGAAUGAGCUGUACACAUCUUGGGAUGAUCUGCUAGUAUCUUAUUUUACAAAAUGCAGAGCCAGGUCCCUCAGCCCAGACUCGGUCAGACAUGUUUACUAACGACUCAAGUGAGCCUUUGGCGCUCCUGGUGCCCGCCCGGCCAGACCAUCAGCUUGAGAAUUACUAUAGCAAAGGCUUGGGUGGGAGAACAGGUUUCUAGUUUUUACCCAAGAUGCGCAUCUAUUAUUUAAAAAUUCAAAGUCUUAGAACCAAGAAUUUGGUCAUGAACCAUUAAAGAAUUUAGAGAGAACUUAGCUCUUUUUAGACUCUUUUUAGGAGUCAGGGAUCUGGGAUAAAGCCACACUGUCCUGCUGUAUGGAGAAAUUCUUCAAGGGGAGUCAGGGUCCCCCAGGCUUCCCUUGUGUCUCCCUGGACCUGCCCGACAGGCCACAGGAACAGACAGCACACCCAAGUCCGGGCCUCCUGCACACUCUUUCCACUCUGUAUUUGCUAAAUGCUGACUGCUACCAAAAGGCCCCUGGGACAUCAGAGGAGCCGGCAGGUGAAGGUAGAGGAUGUGUUCCAGAAACAUUAGAAGGCAGGAUUAAUUCAGUUCUCUUGUUAAACGGAAAUGGGAAUUGGAAAUUCCUGAUAAAGAAUUGGCCUGGCUGGGCACAGUGGCUCACACCUGUGAUCCCAGCACUUUGGGAGUUCCAGACUGGCCUGGCUAACAUGGCAAUACCCUAUCUCUACUAAAAAUACAAAAAUUCUCAGGGUGCAAUGGCGUGCACGUGUAAUCCCAGCUAUUCAGGAGGCUGAGGCCUGAGGAUCGCUUGAAUCCAGGAGGUGGGAGUUGUAGUGAGCCGAGAUCAUGCCACUGCACUCCAGCCUGGGCAACAGAGCGAGACCCUCUCUUAAAAAAAGGCAUUGUUAGUGUAAUCUCAAGGGUAACAUUUAUUUCAUGUCAGUAGAAGAUGCUUUUUCCUUUCAGGGACAUUCUGGAAUUGUAUUGGUUGUACAUUCUUUUGUGUCUAUUCUGUUUGUCAAGUGAGUCAAGACUUGCUUUUGUCUAUUUUGAUUUAUGUGUAUUAGUCUGAGUCUUGGCUCCGUUUUGAGGUAUGAGCAAAGUUUUUGCUGGAUUAGAAGUUAACCUUUAGGGAAAUUCCUUUUUUCGGUAUGUGGCAAUGCUAAUAAAUAGAUCCACCUGAAGAUCUGGAAAAUUCCAGGAACUUUUCACCUGAGCCUUUCUUCUCAGAAAUGCUGCAGUCAGAAGGGUGUGCUGGUAAAAUAUUUUUGUGGCAGCCAAAAUAUCAUUGCUUUCAUAUAACACGCUUCGUGCCAUCAUGAUCCUUGCCUUCAUAUAACAAACAUGCUUCGUCAGAAGUGCUGGGGUUGAAAAAGGAGCUGCAUGCUUCACUGGAGUUGAGGGCCUCUCUCCUGUUCUGACUUUGAGCCAGAACUUGUGGCUGGGCCAUGGAAGCUGUGACUCCUCUGUGGACAUGGUGGCAGCAGGGAACCGCUAGAGAGAGGGGCCACUGGGACCAGGCCUCCUGUUGUGGAGGGAUUCCUGGGACAGUCCUCCACCCUGUCCUGUGGUCCUGUGUACAGGGUUGGCCUCUCCCUCCUCCCCUGCCAGGCCUCUGCCCAUGCCCCUUCCUUCCUUCUCCACCUGGGACUGGUGAAGCUAGGCGUCUGGAAGACUUCUUCCUAGCCUGGAAGCCCUGACCUCGGCCUGUCUGCAGAAUCUCCCAGUUCCUUCACAGCUGCCGAGUCCUCUCGCAGGCAUGGUGGAGGCGGCCUUGCCAGUGGUCCUUUCCAGGGGUUCCUGGGUGGGAGGACUGUCCCUCUGGGGACGUGGCACUGAGGUGCCUGCUGGCUUCAUGUGGCCCUUUGCCCUUUCCCGGCCUGAGAGAUGCUCAAAGGUGGGGAGCCAGGGGAGCCACCCCUCGGCCAUUCCCUCCACCUCCAGGACAGGUGGUGGCCGGGCAGGUGCUCUUAAGCCCACCUCCUCCUCCUGUUGCCUUCGAUUUCGGCAAAGUCUAGGCAGGUGCCACCGGGAAGGAACGGCGUCCGAGAUGCUGGGCAGGGACGCGGCGUAGCCGAGGAGGCCUUGACGGCGCUGGCGGGGCCGGGGCACAGGGGCAGCCGCAGGGAGGCAGGGAUGCCAAGGCCUGAAGCCACCCUGGAAGGAACUGGACCGAGGUCUUCAGAGGUGCGACAGGGCCCGGAAUCUGACCUUACCCUAGCAGGACUUUUUCUAGACUCUCCCUGAUAGUUUUUGAUAAAGCAUGCUGGUAAAACCACUACCCUCAGAGAGAGCCAAAAAUACAGAAGAGGCGGAGAGCGCCCCUCCAACCAGGCUGUUAUUCACCUGGACUCCGUGACAUCUGUGGAAUUUUUUAGCUCUUUAAAAUCUGUAAUUUGUUGUCUAUUUUUUCAUUCUAAAUAAAACUUCAAUUUGCACCUAA